AUGUCUAAUCACCAGCGAAACACCGAUGUCUGUGCAGACUGCAGUGUACCAGAUCCACGUUGGGCUUCGGUGAAUAGGGGCGUCCUGAUCUGUGAUGAGUGCUGCAGCGUGCAUCGAAGCCUGGGUAGACACAGCUCUCAGGUCCGACAUGUAACGCACACACCAUGGCCUCCAACUCAACAACAGAUGGUGCAGAGUCUAUACAGCAAUGGGGCCAAUUCCAUCUGGGAGCACUCACUUUUAGAUCCAACAUCUGUGAUGAGUGGAAAACGCAAGGCCAAUCCUCAGGACAAGCUGCACCCAAAUAAAUCAGAAUUUAUAAAAGCUAAAUACCAAAUGCUGGCUUUUGUUCACCGCAUGCCAUGUCGGGAGGAUGAUGGCAACACAGCAAAAGAUCUAAGUAAACAACUUCAUUCAAGCGUCCGCACAGGAAACCUUGAGACGUGUUUGAGGUUACUAACGUUGGGUGCACAAGCUAAUUUCUUUCACCCGGAGAAAGGAAGCACACCUCUGCAUGUGGCGGCAAAGGCUGGACAAGUAUUACAAGCUGAAGUCCUGACAGUUUACGGGGCAGAUCCAGGUGCCCCUGAUAGUAAUGGCAAGACCCCAAUAGACUAUGCUAGGGAAGCUGGGUUUUUUGACAUGGCAGACAGAUUAGUUGAGAUCCAGUAUGAGCUUACAGAUCGGUUGGCAUUUUAUCUUUGUGGGAGGAAACCAGAUCAUAGGAAUGGGCAACAUUUCAUCGUCCCUCAGUUAGCCGACAGCCGUUUAGAUUUAUCAGAAUUGGCCAAAUCUGCAAAGAAAAAGCUACAAUCUCUCAGUAAUCAUUUAUUUGAGGAGCUUGCUAUGGAUGUGUAUGAUGAGGUUGACCGGCGAGAAACAGAUGCUGUGUGGCUGGCUACGCAGAACCACAGCACCAUAGUGUCAGAGACAACUGUGGUGCCUUUUCUUCCUGUCAAUCCAGAAUACUCCUCCACUAGAAAUCAGGGACGGCAGAAACUGGCCAGAUUUAAUGCACAUGAAUUUGCAACUCUUGUUAUUGACAUAUUAAGCGACGCAAAGCACAGACAGGGGAAUGCAGGGUGCAGUCCCCAAGAUCAUUUAGAUCUCAUGUUCAAGAAUCUGACUGUAAAGCAUUUUGUUGAGGACGUAUACCAGCCCGACUAUGACAGUGUAGCUUCUGAUGAGGACACUGAUCAAGAUAUGCACACCAGCAAAGAAGAUCGAACAAAGAGUCUGGAUUCAGACCUCUCAGAUGGCCCCAUAACUAUACAAGAAUACAUGGAUGUGAAACAUGCUCUCUGUGCUUCUGAAGCAAAGAUUCAGCUGCUCUUGAAAUCCAACAGUGACUUGAGUGAUGAGCUGAGGCUGAUGCAGAAAAAGCUUCAAUCUCUGCAAACUGAGAACUCUUCUCUAAGGCGACAGGUCCCUCCCAGUCAUUAUCAGAGCCUCAGCAGCUCAGGGCCUCCUGACCCCUCCAGUCCCUCUGCCCACAAGCAGAGACAGUCUUCUCGAGGCAGUCGGGCCAUGUCUAUGUAUGAGACUGGCUCAGGCCUGAAGCCCUAUGUCCCUAAAGGGGAAAUGCCCCACUCAGAGGAGGCCCAUACCCUACAAUCCUUUACACCUCAUACGGAAAGGGGUACUUUUGGUGUUGCCUCCACAUCUCUGCCCUCAUUUCCAUCCACUUUGUCUUGGUUUAAAGAAGACCGUAUUGUGAAGGCUUCAAAGUUGGAUAAACAGAGCAGCAUGCCAGAAAGUGAUUAUGAUCAUGCCUUUAAUGGCACAGAUAUGGGCGACUUGAGGAAGGGAAGGCAGCGGCGCAGUGGCAGGCUGGCAGAGGGAAGCUCCAUCCCAGAGUUUGAUGAGCUGGAGAUGGAAAGUGACCCCACUCUUCCCAGCACUGAAGAUGUGAUCCGCAAAACAGAGCAAAUAACUAAGAAUAUCCAGGAGCUUCUGCGAGCAGCCCAAGACUGCAAACACGAGAGGUCUGUUGAGCGAGAACGUGUGCGUCGCCUCAGACAUAGUUUGGGAUGUUUCAGCAGCUUGGUUCCUUGGGCUGAAAAGCCCACCGCUCCUGUCCAGCUGCUCAGCCUUCGUUACCCUGACUCCACCUCUUGCUUCAUACCCUGCUCAGAAAGGAUUUAUGUGGCUGUAACAGAAAUGGCUGCCCUCUUUCCAAAGAAACCUGGUUCCGAGACAGUGAGAGGCUCUCUGCGCUUGUUGACGUCCAGCGCCGGACGCCUGCAGACUGAAUGUAAGAAGGCUAUUCCCUUGGACAGAGGCCAAGACAUGCAGCUGGUCACACAACAGGUUAUACAGUGUGCUUAUGACAUCGCCAAGGCAGCCAAACAACUUGUGACAGUCACCACGAAGGAGAAUACCAACUAA